AAUAAAAACUCGGUUUGAACCUUGGACUGGUAAGUGUUCAUGUGUUGAUAUCCAUAAAUAGUUGUCAUUGUUCUUAUCUCUAUCAAUCAUCGAGGUCACUGAUGGAACAGAAUGAUGAAAGCUUAUUUAUAGGGGUCUAUGCUCUGCAGUCCGAGGUUCGAAGCAAUGCCUAUUAAUAAUUGAGUUCAUCAAUGUAACUGAACAUGACAAGAAAUAUGAAAUGAAUGCUUUACGUUUUUUCAUGGUAAACUUCCUUUCUACUCUAAGCUAAGAUCUAGCAAUCAAGAAGAAAGGCAUCUGAAAGCUAUCCUAUAACGAAAGGCAUGAACUGUCUAUAUGUGUUUAGGGAUUAUGGUCCAUCAGAAACCAAAAAUGGGAAGUUGGUAGGGUUUUUAGUUUCUUGGAAAACAAAGCUACAUUAUAUUUGAAAUUAGUCUUGUUACUGAAGUCCAGGAUAAUCAUCGUGCAAGCUGUUGUAAAGGGUUAAUUGGAAUUCUUCAAGUCUGUUCUCGUGGUUUGCCCAACUCAGGUUGUGAUUCUUAUGAGUUUCUUAAAAUUGAACUGCCAUUUUUUUGCUAGAAGUUGCUUUGUAUACAUGUUUCAGAUUUUGAUGAGCAUAUCUUACUGGUCUUAGUGGUUGAUUGUGAAGUCAUCUUAGAAUCAGAGGAACUAUCUAUUCUUUUUUCCCCUUCAUAUGAAUCUUAGAAAACUUAGACCACAUAAGUUGACAAAUUUAUGAAGAUGUGCCAGCACAUUAACUGCUUUGCUUCGAGCAUGCUUUCUCUUGUAAAAUAGUAAAGUCCAGUUUUCGAACUUCCUUCUCGGUGUAGGAUGGGGCCAGAGGGGGUUGGGAGUGGGUCGUCUGCUCUUGAAGGUGGGGAUGUGGAGCGUUGUUGAAGCUGUCUAGUUGCACCUUUCAGAUAAUUCUUCAUUGGUGGAAAGUAAUGGCAGUUUGAAAAUGAAUAGCCCUGAGAAGUCUUAUCUCCUCGAAAGAGAAAGAUAGGUAAAGAGUGUGAAAGCAAAAUGUGGAGAAGUGAGUCAUCAAGUUGGUAGGGGAAGCUCAAAAUCUUUGCAAUGGUUUUUGAACAAUGAUUAAACCUUUCCUACAGGAUGUUUAUGUGAACAAAUGGGAUCUUGUUUCCUUUUUGGGUAUACAUGAACUGUGCAUGCUGGGGAUUAAGUCUUAUCCAGUAUUGCAGCGAACUGUAGCCAUCUGGUUUCUUUUUCCUUUUUUUUCCCCCACGCAACUGAUAGUUCAUUGUGGUGCUCCAUGGAAGCUGGAAGCAACGGUUCGUUAAUUUGGCAAAAUUGAGUUCUGUUGCAAUCUCAUGUUUACAAGACUACUAUUUUCUUGUGGUCUUUUCCCAUUCCUUUUGGAGCGUUGUGUGAAUGUUUGUCAAUAGUAUUCCUAAUCACAUAACUGGUGGAGAAAUAACGGAAUCCAAGGUUUUUAAAGCCACUCCUUAAUGGUUUAAGUUUGUUUUAGCUCCUGCAAAACAAUCCCAUCAAGUAGCAACUGAAGAGUUUCUUUUUCUUGCAUUUCAGAUAUCGUGCAAUCACUAGUGCUUACUACCGAGGAGCUGUUGGUGCCUUGCUUGUCUAUGAUGUGACUCGACAUUCUACCUUUGAGAACGCGGCAAGGUGGCUUAAGGAGUUGAGGGAGCACACGGACCCCAAUAUUGUAGUCAUGCUGAUUGGGAAUAAAUCGGAUCUCAGGCACCUGGUGGCUGUCCAAACUGAGGAUGCUAAAGCAUUUUCCGAGAGGGAGUCCCUCUACUUCAUGGAGACAUCAGCUCUGACUGCAACAAAUGUGGAGAGUGCAUUCACUGAAGUCUUGAGCCAGAUUCACAGGAUUGUGAGCAAGCGGGCUGUUGAGGGAAGUUCUGAUGGAAGUACAUCUGCUUCUCUCAAAGGAGAGACCAUUGAUGUUAAGCAGGAAGGGUCUGUUCUCAAGAGAAUGUGCUGCUCCAGUUAAGAUGGAUUUUUGGUGGGUAAUUCCUUUUAGCCGAGAAAUUGGUUGUAGCUAAGAAGAUGCACAUAAGACUCUCUUGUUUAGAAGGGAUCGGGUGGGAACGAGGGAAACACUAGGUUGGAUUCGCGGAUUUGGCGGAGCAAAGGUGAAAAAAUGUUUUUUUUUUCCUUCUUCAGAACAUGGGAAGGGAAGUACUCGGUUUAACAUUUUCUUUGGGACAAUUUGUACUGUUGUGUUUUCUUGUAUUAAUUGCAGAUAACAAAUAUCAAAUCAUGGUCCAGUAUUCUUACUUGUUAGCACUUAGCAAGGUUGUUGAAAUCGGUAAAGCAUGUGGUUUGAGAUUAUUGAGGUUGAACUGUUUUAUACAUUAUAUAUAUAUAUAUAUAUAUAUAUAUAUAAAUAAGGUAGUAAUUUAAAA